AUGAAGAGUUAUUAUUUCGAAUCAAAUGAACCAGUUUCCGUACAACAAUUGAAUAACAUCAAUGUGUUAUACUACCCAAUGCCAAUGCCAGACUACCAAGAGAAACUCGAUCAAAUCUGUCAAGAAAGAGGUUACAAGAAUAGAGAUGAAGUAAAGCUUAAUGAAAACACCGAGAAUCUAGAUGCUAAAUUAAAGAUUUUCUUUGAAGAACAUUUACAUGAUGAUGAGGAAAUUAGAUUCAUCUUGGAGGGAAGUGGUUUCUUUGAUGUACGUGAUGCCAACGAUCAAUGGAUUAGAAUUCGUGUUGAAAAAGGUGAUUUAAUUAUUGUUCCUGCCAACAUGUAUCAUAGAUUCACAUUGACAGAAACUAAGCAAAUUCAUGCUUGCAGAUUAUUUACUGAUGCUCCAAAAUGGGUACCAAUCAACAGACAUCAGCAAUAA